UCCGCCCACCGGCGGCAGCUCCGCCCCGAGCACCGCGCGGAUGGCGGGUGGCGGGGGCUGCCCGGCGGCCGAGCCCGAUGGGGACGCGGCGCUGGCCUGCGAGGCGCUGCGGCUGCUGCGGAUCGAGCCCGCGGCCCCGGGCGCGGCGCGGGCGGGCGGUUCGAGGAACGCGCUGCGGAAGCGGCGGCGCUGGGAGCGGGUGCUGGCGGCGCGCAGGGCCAAGCGGCGGCAGGAGCGGCAGCGGAGCCGCGCCCGGCGGGCACAGGGCGCAGGGGCUGCCGGCCGGGGCGGCGGCGCGGCCCGGGCUGCCCUCGCCAGGGAGCGGCUGCUGGAGGCGCGGGCGGCGGGACCCCGGCUCUGCGUGGACCUCGGCGUGGCCGCCCGCAUGUCGCACAAGGAAACCAGCCGCCUCGCCUCCCAGAUCAGGAGACUCUACGGGGCCAACCGGCGGGCCGAGAAGCCGUUUUGGCUCUACCUGACGGAGUUCGUGGCGGGCUCGCUGAUCUACGAGGAGUGUUUUCGCAUGAACGACGGCUUCUCCAGUUACCUGAUGGAUACAACUGAAGAAAGUUACCUGGAUCUGUUUCCUUCAGAUGCAAUUGUUUAUCUCACUCCUGACUCUGAGAAUGUCCUUGAAGAUAUUGACCCAAAUAAAGUGUACGUCCUCGGGGGCCUGGUGGAUGAAAGCAUUCACAAGAAGCUGACGCUGCGAAGGGCAGAGGAGCAGUCCUUGCGAACAGCCCGCCUGCCCAUCCGUGAGUACAUGGUCAAAGCUGCGAACAGCAAGAACUACCACUCGGAGACGCUGGCCAUUAAUCAGGUCUUUGAUGUCCUACUAACGUACCGCGAGACGCGAAGCUGGCCGGUGGCCCUGAAAGCUGGCGUUUCCUCUGGAAAAGGCUACGUGCUACCAGACGCAGUGAAAGAAGCGGAAAUGCCUCCGCAUGACAACGCGCAAGAAAACUCUUUAUUUUGUGAUGAUAAGGAGCGGCGUGUACAGGAGAAUCAAACUGCGGAUUUCAAGCAGAGGCAUGAGGAUGAAUGUGCAUAGAGAAAACAGCUCUGCUUAAGUCUUGUUUAAGGACCUUGUCAAGAGCGACACAUUCUACCUCAGCAGUGCGAUGCUGGAAAUGACGUUUCCCCCUGAGCAGAAAACAGAAGCUGACGGCGCCCUGGGAUCAAGUGAAAACCCACAGGAAUUCAGUUUUGCUUCUUUGCGGGUGGUUGUUAGAGUGUUCCUGGCUCUGUGUCAACACUGGUUCUGGGACAGGGAGGAGAGCUUUCAGGUAUUUGUUUCAUCUUUAUUAAACAGUGAGUAGGGUGAAGAUGGAAUAGCAAAGCUCGCUGGCGAGGGAGGUCCCUUGCCGUGAAAAGGACAGUGCUGUUCGGUCAGGGAAGACAGUGGGACGUGAUUCCCCAGUGCACCAUGUCCUAACAACUUCAAACCAGUUGAGUUGAAGACUCGGUGAGUUGCUGAAGCCUGUAGCUAAUCCUGUGCAUCUAUUAGUAAUCUAAAAAUCUAAAUUAAAACGUUUACACGUCAA